AAAAAGAGAACCCCGCAAACAAUUUGCUGAGGUCUCCACUUUAAUUUCUAUCGACGGCAAGUUGUACGAAAAAACCCCAAAGUAAUUUCCAAGAACGUGAGGUAUUCUUUAGUUGACUUGACCCAGCCAUAAAAGCUGAGUGUAUAUGCAGCUCUAACUCACUACACUAGUUUCUUUACCAAAAAUCAUCCUUUCAUUCUUGCAUCUUAUCAAACCUUUAUUCAUCCAUGGAUUCUCGAUUUACUCAAGGAGAAUCAUCUGCAUCCUCCAAGUUCUUUUAUGAUGUAUUCCUAAGUUUCAGCGGUAAAGACAUCCGAAAAACAUUCUUAGGCCAUCUUGAUCACAGAUUGCGUCAACAUGGAUUUCAAAUCUUCAAGGAUGAUAAGAGUUUAAGAAAGGGUGAUGUGAUUUCACCGGCACUAGAGGAAGGAAUUGAAAAGUCAAGGAUUUCCAUUGUUGUUUUGUCAACAAAUUAUGCUUCGUCUCGUUGGUGUCUUGAUGAAUUAGUUAAAAUUCUUGAAUGCAAAGAGAAGUUAAAGCAGAGAGUUAUGCCCAUUUUCUAUGAUGUUGAACCAACUGAAGUGCGAAAGCAAACUGGGGAAUUUGGUGAUGGAUUUGCCAAACUCAAGAAACAAUUUGGGGAUCAAAGUAUGGAGAAGUGGAAAGCUGCACUUACCAAAGUUGCAAAUUUAUCUGGUAGCGAAUUGCGAAUACUUGCUAACGGGUAUUAUUUCUUGAUUCAAUUACUCCCUUUGUUUGCUUUUACUUGUCAUGUUUCCUUCUCUAGCGUCAAACUAUAUAUAAUUUGAUCCACAUUUUAAGGUGUAUUUUUUCAUCAUUUUAAUACGAGAAAUUGCAAACUUAUAGUAGUGAUUUUCGAAUAGUUUUUGAACAUCGAAA